AUGGAACGCUUACACAGUGAAAAUCUCUCGCCGACACGGCGAGAAGUAAAGUCUCUCUUCUUCUCUGUUUGCAAACAGAAAGAGAAACGGAUCAAUCGCAGAGUUGGACGCGCACUCGUGAGCACACCACCGAAGGAAUUCUGGACGCUUAAAUGGCCUGUGGCCACUACCAGUCCUGUGACCCGACCUGAACCAACAAUCACAAAUGGCAAAUUUUGCCGUGAGAUGGACCGCAGGCAUGUGCAGGAUGUUCUUCGCCUGGCGGGAAUGUCCCCCGCAACGAGCACUGUAAAGUGUCACAGGGUGGGACUGUGGAAGAGGGAAAAGGCACUACACCCACGUCCUCUAAUGGUGACAUUCGGCAGCACGCCUGCUAGUAAUGUGCUACUGACAAGGGCCUUAGAUGGUGAAACCAUUACUCAGGAGGCUAUAACGAUUAACCCGGACAAUGGUACACUGGGUUACAGACUCCCUUCUCCGACUGUGACAAGAUCGACGGGGACUGCGGUUUGCAAACCUGAAGUCAAGUUACACGGAAUUGGGGAGCUCCAUAAAAUCAAGGUAACAGCCGGCAUACAAGAGCAUGUGAGUAGCGUUUCGAGCGCGACUAAGCCGGUUGAAAAGCCGAAAGCAUCACCCUUGGGUGAAUCGACAACAAAGUUAAGGAGUGUCUUACAGCGCACGGGACCUCAAGCCAAAAAAGUACCCAAAGCCAAGAAAACCCAGGUAGCUCCCAAAAGCAUUGCUCCCGACCUGGCAACCGAGGUUAUAAAGCAAAAGAGCACGAACGUAGACAAAGAGAUAACUGCUCCUGCAAGGGAACAGCAUCUUGAACGAAAGACAGGACCACUGGAAACACCAGAAAGGUCAGCUGGAUCCCGCAGCUGGGCCACGGUAGUGGUCAAAACACUUCGGCGCAAGUCAGCCGUGGUGAAUGGGAGCUCCAGUGGGCCAGUAGACCUGGAAGAUCUUGUGAGUCCAGUGUUAGGCCUCAGAAUUACGAAUAUAGGUCAAGCCAAAGGUGGACUGUAA